UCAAUCACUCCACAGGAUGUCACUCCAUACACAACCCGGAUCCAUUUUUCUAUUGUAAUUACCGCUCACAGUAAGAUAAAAGUAGUGCGUGCGAUUAUACAGCAUCAUUAAAGAACUUGGUUUGAGGCAGACAUUUUAAACAGACAAUCAAGCAAGUUACCUCUGAUAUGCAGGCCCCGUCCUAUCCAACCCAUCCCGGAGUUCCGGACCAGACUGUCUACGUCCACCAGCCCGCACCAGUCAACUAUGCCAAUACGGUGCAGAAUCCUAACUCGUCGAGCAGUGUGUCGCAGCACUUUAACGGAGCUGCCGGGAGAGCGACUGGUUGGCUGCAGAUCUCCAUCGGCAUCGGGAGCAUCGUCGUCGCCAUUGCCCAGUUGUUCAUCUUUUCCCGCAUCUAUACCGGAGCUGGCUUUGUCGCCAUUGGAAUUUGGGCAAGUGUUCUGUUCUACAUUCCUACCGGAAUCUUGGGAAUAUGUUCGAUGAAGAAGAACACUCGUGUGAUCAUCGGCUAUCUUACGAUGAGUAUCAUCACGGCAAAUGUUGCCAUCGCUCAAUUAAUUGUUGGUACCAUUGGGGCAUUACUCACCAGUCAAUAUGGCUAUUACUUUGGCUCAGACUACUGUGAACAAGGAAUAGUGGACGGAGGCAUCACAUCUGACUCUCUGUUGGCCAUCCUCGGACUGAUCGAAAUGGUGGUAGCCAUUGUGGCUUCAGCCUACUGCUGUCGUGGCAUGGCCUGUUGUCACUCGUCUUCACCAACAACCACCACUAUGCAAGUUACCUCUGAUAUGCAGGCCCCGUCCUAUCCAACCCAGCCCGGAGUUCCGGACCAGACUGUCUACGUCCACCAGCCCGCACCAGUCAACUAUGCCAAUACGGUGCAGAAUCCUAACUCGUCGAGCAGUGUGUCGCAGCACUUUAACGGAGCUGCCGGGAGAGCGACUGGUUGGCUGCAGAUCUCCAUCGGCAUCGGGAGCAUCGUCGUCGCCAUUGCCCAGUUGUUCAUCUUAUCCCGCAUCUAUACCGGACUAGGCUUUGUCGCCAUUGGAAUUUGGGCAAGCGUUCUGUUCUACAUUCCUACCGGAAUCUUGGGAAUAUGUUCGAUGAAGAAGAACACUCGUGUGAUCAUCGGCUAUCUUACGAUGAGUAUCAUCACGGCAAAUGUUGCCAUCGCUCAAUUAAUUGUUGGUACCAUUGGGGCAUUACUCACCAGUCAAUAUGGCUAUUACUUUGGCUCAGACUACCGUGAACAAGGAAUAGUGGACGGAGGCAUCACAUCUGACUCUCUGUUGGCCAUCCUUGGACUGAUCGAAAUGGUGGUAGCCAUUGUGGCUUCAGCCUACUGCUGUGGUGGCAUGGCCUGUUGUCACUCGUCUUCACCAACAACCACCACUAUGUACCCCCACCAGAACAUUCCGAUGGUUGUGACAACCGGCCAGUACACUCAGCCGGCGGGAAUCGUUCAGGCCCCUCCCGGAUACAACGUUCAGCAGGCGUAUCCCCCUGCUGGCCAGCCUGUUGCUCCAGCUCCCUACAACCAAGCUCCUGGUGCCCCGUACAACCAGGCUAGUGCCCCGCAUUACCAAGCUCUGGGUGCCCCGUACAACCAACAAGCAGCUGCUGCACCCAUCACACCUGGCGAAAUGGUGGCUUAAAUGCGUUCAGAAAAUGGGUCUUAACAAUAAAACUACCCUGAUAUCUAAAUGCUUAUAUUGGGAAUAACAAGCAAUAGCUAAAUUUUUGAUAAAUAAAAUGCAAGCUUACUCUGAGAAACACGAAUAUUCAUAUAGAUCAUCCUCACAAAAUGUUAAAUAUUCUGAAGAGAGUUGUUUCGAUUCUUACUGUUAGCCGUGAUACAGUGAUUAUAAUUUUAAAUCAUUUUUUAUCUAAUUUCUUCAAUUGGUAAUUAAAAGAUAGCAGAUGAAGGGAAAAAACUAAAAUAAUGGCUGAUCUAUUUUUUAUAGAUAAAGUCCCCCCAAAAAGGUUAUCCUGAAGGAUCAUCAAAUUAAAGCCACGUCAAACUAAUGCUUGAUGAUGAAAACAAUGAAUUACUCAUUAUUCUAGCAGGGGGUGACUUAAAUGAUAUAACAUAGCAAAAUAUAUUAAACAAAAUAUGUGGUAUGGAAGUAAAAUAAGUGUCCUCUAUUCAUUAAGUGAAGCUGAAAUCCCCCCCCCCCCCCAUCAUUCCACCCAACGUGAGAAAUAGAGAACCCUUUUGUUACUAUUUAUUAGGCGGCUGGGUUUCAAUUGAGUACUCUUGAUGACUGCACAGAAAGAUCUGUUAACAGAACAAAGAUAUCAACAACAAACAACAUUAACAGCAUAAAACAGCUGAAUGUCACAGUGCGAAAAAUAUGUAACCAGCCAACUUGUAGACGAAAAGUUAUGCAUACUGCAUUUGAAAUAAAUGGGCUGAUAUUCCCCAACUGCUUUAUAAAUCAUCAAAAUGUUAAUUCAGAGGACCAAACAAGAACAUUUGAAAUUGUAAUAAAAUAAAUUAAAGAAAGAUUUAUUUAACUUCGAUAUAGAUUAAAACCGUUUGUUUUUAUGUUGAUUCUGUAUCCCUAUAACCUUGAAAAUAAGUAGCCUUUUUCUACUUGCCUGAAGUGUAGUGGAAUAUAUGCAAUUACCGGUGUAUAUUUUUUUACCUGAUGAUAUAUUAAUGUUGUGCCUUUCAAUCUUUAGACUGUCAUUUUGGAAGUAAUCAAUUCGUCAAUUAAUUAGGUUGACGAAGAUCGAUGAGAAUUUAAGACAAAUGAUGAUUUGAAGCGAAAAGAAUUUCAGAAAAUUGUGUGAAAUUGAUCUUUUGCUGAAUUCUAAACAUAAGAUAAAUCAAUGCGUACGUGGUAUGAAAGUUCAAAUAAAUUCAUAAUCCUGCGUGUAGUGACUUAAUGAAGUGGUUUCUGUAGAAUGAUAAUGAACGCGCCAUUAUGUAAGUCUACAACUCUAUUCUGUAGAAUAUCAGUUUCUUUUAGAAUCCUUGUGUUUCGGAAUUAAAUACGAAAGCAUCUCUUUAAAAAACCGUCAAUGAAUUAUCGUUGUUCAGUGUCUGAAACGCAAUACAGAGUGCCAUUAACAUGACAAAUGUUGAAACAAGAAAACAAACGGAAAGGGAAAAGAUUCCUUUUACAACAAUAAGGUGGGUAAUUCAAGUUGUUUACUGUGUUUACUGCAUUUUGCUGUUUGAAUUUAGAAUUUAAUAAGGCGAAUUAUACAAAAAUACAACAGACAGAAAUGAUAAAAAAAGAAGAAGACACGAACACAAAAAAAAUCACAUCGAUUAAAAUCAGUAUAUGUUAUUUUAAAACAAUCUGAUUCGGUGACAUUAUAUAAAAGAUGCAGCGAACAAUACAAUACCUUACACCUUGCCUUCUUCCGUGCUCAUUCUUAUCAUGUUUUUAUUUUUGUUAAAUGACUCUUUCUAUAUCCGAAGUCAUAUUAUAUGCUUAGAUUGCCGUGGGCACACUAAAUACCUUCGAGCUGAAACUUCUACUUUCUGAGAUAUCAUUUUUGAGACUUUGUAUAUUUAAUUAAAUUCUCAAAUCUUACAAGGCGCGUAUUGUAAGAGACACAUUUCAUAUUUGUUUUUCUAUGUUUUUUGUAGAUGAAAUAUUGGAGCAGCUGUAAAAUUCGAAGCUUCACUAUUUCAAAUCUUUAUUUUAUAGAACUGUUUUUAGAAUAUAAACAUUUAUGAAAAAAGUGAUCUUUUCAUUCCUUUUAGUUUCACUGUGGUUCAAUUUUUAAUGUAUAAUAAUAAUAAUAAUAAUAAUAAUAAUAAUAAUAAUGGCUUGGUUUCGUGGUAUAUCAGAUAUUGUAUUCAGCUUGUUAAUAUUUGAACUCGUCUUCGACUCGUGUAAUAUUCUCGAGCUUAAUGCAACAUAUCUGAUAUACCUUUUAAUGCUUGGUGUAUCAUUCACUGAGGUACAGCCUGCGGUAAACGUAUCAUAUGUACAAUAAACUUUUCGAUUUUGA